GCUGUCUUGACAGGAGGGCGCACGAGACAAGAAGUUGGUGCAGAAGCUGAGCGCGCGGAGAGCUUUGGGGAAACAGGAUCGGGAGCCCAACGUUCUGACGCACUCACACAUGCACGCGCUAUGGACUGAACGCUUUUUGAGCUGAGAAGAGCAGCGCGCGCAGCAAGUGUCUGUUAUAGUCACAUUUCACUUAGCGGUAUACUUCCUGACUGCUUUUCCUUAAACUUGCCGUGACUGGAAACAAGAAAAGAAAUUUAAAACAAAGAAAAACAGCGUCGGCAUCAUGAAGCUUUUGUUUUUGCCACUUUUGAUGGCGCUUAUUGCCGUUGCUCAAGUUUUUUGCGAAGAUGGAGAGGCAGCAGAAGGAGCUGACUACUGGACGAGCAGCAAUCAGAUUCAGGAUGACUGGCUCUCCAAUGACCCAUUCAGAGAAAUCCUCCUGAGGAUGACGAGAAAGCCGCGGCCGCACCAGUUCAUUGGUCUGAUGGGCAAGCGUUCUAUGGCAAAUGCACAGAUCACCCGAAAAAGACAUAAAAUCAACUCGUUUGUCGGCCUGAUGGGAAAAAGAAGCCAAGAAGAACCAGAGUCCUACGAAUGGAGCACAAUACAGAUGAACGACCAGCGGCACUAAGCAGCCGUCUCCUGCCUGUGUCUCAUCUCGUCAUUCCUCGCCCUGCCAGAAGUGUACCCGAUGCUGGUUUUGUUUUCUUCAGAAUGUGUAUAGUUGUUAGUCAAAUAAAAUGAUUGUUUCCACGUUGUCGUGACGUAGCA